CGGGGACAAAAAUAGACAAGAGUCGGGGCUGCUUCGCCGUGUGCUUUCCAGUCAAAGCGGGGAGGAUCGUUGUGUCUUUAAAUACCUUUUUUACUGCUCAAUUAAUAUCGCUUAUCCACAAAAUGGUCAUUAAAGUCUUCCUGGCAUCCUCCUCGGGAUCGACGGCGAUCAAAAAGAAACAGCAAGAUGUUGUCGGCUUUCUUGAGGCCCUUAAAAUCGAUUACGCACAGCUUGACAUUGCUUCAAAUGAGGAUAACCGGGCGUGGAUGAGGGAAAAUGUUCCUGGAGAAAAGAAGCCCACCAAUGGAAUUCCUCUUCCUCCACAGAUUUUCAACGAGGAGAUAUAUUGUGGGGACUAUGACACAUUCUUUGAUGCCAAAGAGGACAACACAGUCUAUGAAUUUUUGGGUCUGACUCCUCCACCUGGAUCUAAGGAGGCACAACAAGCUGAAAAUUCCCAAAAGCUUCAGAAUGGAUCUGUCACAGACGAGCAUCCUGAUGAUGACACAACAAAAAAGGAAAUCAAAGAGGCUGAGCAAAAUGGAGAUGCACACACAGCAGAGCUGGAGGACGACGAAGAGAGCAAAAACACAGAGACAGACGCUCAAGAUGAGAACGAGGAAGAGGAGGAACCUGCUGAAGAAGAGGAAGAGAGUAGAAAGCCAGCUGAGGAGGAAGAGCAGGAAGAAGGAGAAGAAGACAAGGCAGAAGAUGAGUUGGUGUCUGAGGAGGAAGAAGAACUUCGAGAGCUUGAGGAGGAAGAGGAACACCCAUCAGAGGAAGACUAGUGUUCUGAAGCUGAGGAUUUUUGAUCUGGAUUUUCGCAAACACAGCUUGAAGUGACACCCCACUUGCACUGGAACCAUCAGAAAUUACCAAAAAAAUUAAAAAAUACCUUCACCUCAGCUUUACCCAAGCCAAAUGUGACACCACUGCAGCGGAGGAUAUGCACUCAGCACUCCAACUUCAAUCCCCCGUGAUAACUGCGCCUUAUCCCAUUACUGAUGAGUCUGCAAAAUGCCUAUUUACGCUUGAGUUGCUUCAUCUUAAGUGGCGAGGUUCAAGUGAAUUUAAAGGGAUGUCUUUUUUUCUUACUGUACAUAUAGAAGAUUAACUAAAAUUGUGUGACUUUGUUCGGUAGAAUCCCAAAUAGUGCCAAACCGCUCAAAUGUGCCGAAAACAACACUUACAAAUACCUCUCUGUGUCUUAUAUUGUGAAAUACUCUACCAGUCAAAGUUUGGACACACUUUGGCGCCGUUUACACUGUCAGGUUUUGAUGCCCAAUUCCGAUUUGUUGCCUAAAUCUGCCUGUCCUUUUACAUGUUCUUUUAAUUAUGACCCAUAUCCGAUUCAUGUGUUUACACUUGCUAUACAAUUUACGACGUCUUGCAUGCAUAAAGGCGGGUUCUAGCAUCUGCGCCACACUAGCCAAGAUGGAAGAAAUUGUCUUUCUUUUAGCUCUGCGAAAUAUGCGAAGUUCCCCAACUUUAAAAUGAUUUUGAGGCGGAUGAGGAGAGAAAGGGCCGUCAUCGCAGCUUGCGCCUAUGGUUUAUACAUGGUGUCCUCCCCACAGAGAGAGUGACUCAUCUUCCCACAGGGCAAGAAGGCAGGUAACUUCUGCCGUCGACCACUGACUACUUUCCUCCUCCAUGUUUCCUCUGUUGUUGUUGUUUAACGUGUCGGCGUCUCCACACACGCUCUUCCUUCUACGUCAUAAAACCGUGAAGUACCACAUUUGUCGCAAGUUUAAUGACGUACAAAACGGAAUGCCUCAAUAAAUCUGAUCUGCCUGUUUACAUGAUAGUCUCAAUUGCACAUAUCCGAUUUAUAUCUGAUUUAUUUCCAUGUAUGAAGGAGGUCUGAAACCAAUCUCUGAAUAUCUGAAUGCAUGUUUUUUUUUCGUAUUUACACGGUCAUAGAACAGAUCGGAUCUGUGUCACAUAUGAGGAAAAUUUGGAAUUGGGUCACAUUUAACUGGCAGUGUAAACGGGGCCUUUGCUAAAUGCUAAAUGCUAAUUACAUAGCAAAUGAAUAGGAUUAUUAUUUUGACUAUUAACUACAAAUUGAUAGGCUGUUUUCAAGGCAGUGCAUUCAAUCACAUUGGCUAGCCACAUUUUGUAGACGCUAACACAGGCAGGGACUUGAUAUCCGAUUGUCCCUGAAUACUAGAAAUAUAAAACUGUGCAAGGUAAAAGAGAAAUGAUCCGAAUUACAUCAGGCUAAGCGAGAACCAACUUUGUGUCUGUUUGUGUUCUGUAAAAGUCUGAAACUUCAAGAGAUUUCACUUUAAAAUGAAUGAACUUUUUGUUUAUGAAAUGAUAGGCAAGUAUUUUAAAAUGGUUAAAAACAACCAUCUCAGGCACAUUCUGAAAACGUACCUCUAUAUACUUUUCUGGAGAGUGCCAAAUUUUCUGCAGUUUUUUUUUCGUGUAUCCACCAGAGGCCGCUGUGUACACAUUUUGAGAUCUCAAAUUUCUCUCGCGAGUGCCAUUCGCGUCUGCUCUUCUCACGUAAACACACCAGAGGCCGCUGUCGACUGACUGUUUGACUGACUGACCGAUCGACUAAUUGUAUUGAUUGACCUGCCCACCCACUUCCCUAAACAACAAUUUUCAAAAGCAACUCAGAAAAAGAAAAGCCCUCGUCUGAUUUUUACCACGUUUUCAGAUUUUACCACAUUCUUACCCUGUUAUUUAUGUUUAUUUUAUUUUUUGGCUUUUGUUUUUGUCUUACUUUCUGGAACCGUUCUUCAAACGACUCAAACCCCGUCAUCAUGGUCAACUUCUCUGCGUCUCAAGUCUGCCGACGUACAUGUCGAGCUAACUGGUAACAGUGGGAGAGCCGUCUAUGUGGAGGUAAGCGGUCAGCUGGUAAGUGAGAAAUAGAACGGCGUUGUACCACCUAGUAGCGUUCAUUUUAAAAAUGAAAUGCAGCCAAACGGACUUCUGGCUACAUAAUUCGUUACCUCCAGAAACGUUUAUAGGGCUACGUUAUCAGCAUGAGCCUGUUGCAAACAAUCUAAGCUAGUAGCUCGUUUUAGCUAGCUAUGUGAACUUUUUCAGCAGAUGCACUUGACUAAAACAAAACCGUUUUUAUAUUUCAGUCUCUACAUAACUGACGUUAUAUGCUGAAAAAUGAAAAUAGUAUUAAAGAUUGAGCAGGUGUGUCUAAAAGUUGACUGGCGCAAAAUUAAACUACACAAUAUGGUUCCAAGUUAAAGUUAAAAUUAGACAUUGAUGCUGUAAAAGAACAUUAGUCACAGUUCCCGCCUUUUUUCAGUCUAUUGUGUCUGAUUUCACUCUGAAAAUGUGACGUCAAUACUUGCUGGAAGCCAUUUUUCUUGUGGUCGGUUGGCAGUUGUAAUGCACUUUGUAUGUUGACAGAAUUGAAUGGUUGGAAAUACCCUUAUUUACCAUUAAAGAGCGACUUUUAACAA